UUUUCCGGGUGUUGGUCCAAACGGCUGGCAAUCUUCUUCGGCAGUGAAGCUAGUUCUGAAUGUAAGAAAAACGCUUUAGGUUAAUCCCAAAGAAGAUAAAAUGCCUUUCCUAAUAUUGAGGGAGAUAAAGGCAACCAACUUGCCUGCCGUCGACAAGAAAGGCAAAGGAAAAAGUGACCCGUACGCCAGUUUGGAAUUUCAAGGGGUAAAGAAAAAGACAGAAGUGAUUAAAGAUGAGCUGAACCCAGUGUGGAACGAGAAAUUUGAAUGGGAUUUAGGCACUCAGCCACUUUCUGUAGAGGAAAAUUUGAUCGUUCAUGUCAAGGAUUGGGAACGCAUCGGAAGAAAUCGGCUUCUUGGCACGGCCACCGUCCCCCUGAAAGACCUUGUCAAGGACAGUAGCCAUACCAUGCAGGCUGAUGUCAAUCUGCUAGAUGGUAGUAACAGGAUGACACAGGCAAAGUUGUCUCUGCGUUUGGAGUAUAUUCCUCCCAAACCAGCCAAGGGGGUUGAAGGAGACAUCAUACCAACAGAUGAAACAGAUCUGGGUACAGAGCAAGGUGAUGAAUUUGGAUUGGAAGAAGAAGGCAUGGAUGAUGUGGAAGGAGGAGGUGCUGAGGGUGUGAAUGAUGCAGUCAGGAAAAAGCGUAGAAGGAGAAGAACUGCCAGGCACAAGUUGUCCAACAAACCUCAAGACUUUCAGGUUCGUGUACGAAUCAUGGAGGGUCGCCAGCUGUCAGGCUCCAACAUAAGUCCUGUUGUAAGAGUUCUAGUUGCUAACCAUACUCGCCAGACAAAAGUUAAACAUUCAACAAACAAGCCCUUCUAUGAUGAGACAUUUUUCUUCAAUUUUCAAAUGUCACCAUUGGAAUUAUUUGAUGAAAUAAUCAGCUUUGAGGUUUUUAAUUCAAGAAAACUGAGAGCCAAUGCCAUGAUUGGUUACUUUAAGAGUGACAUUGGUUUUUUCUACGAUGAGCCGUCCCAUGCUGUUGUACGGAAAUGGGUUCUACUCACUGAUCCUGAUGACAAGAUGGCUGGGGUUAAGGGUUAUCUCAAAGUAACUGUCAUGGUUUUGGGGCCUGGUGAUGAAGCUCCGGUAAGCACUAUUUUAUACUUAAUUCCUCAAAUGCAAUCGUAUAAUGACACAGAUGAUAUUGAAUCGAACUUGUUGCAGCCCUCUGGUGUGAUGUUACGACCAGCUGUCUUCUCCCUGAAAGUAUACAGAGCUGAAGACAUUCCUCAAAUGGAUUCUGGAUUCUUUGAAGGUGUAAAGAAAGUUCUUCAUGUUGGUGAGGAACAGAAAGAAUUGGUUGAUCCCUACCUUGUCUUCAAUUUUGCUGGAAGGAAGUCAAAGACAAGAGUACAUUACAAUUCAGAUCAUCCAGAGUUCAACACAGAACUCAAUGUACAAUUCAAGUUCCCCUCAAUGUGUGAGAGGCUAAAACUUCAGAUAUUUGAUUGGGAUCGAUUGACAGCAGAUGAUUGUAUUGGAACAGCUUAUUUGCCAAUUUCCGCUAUUUCUGGACAAGGCGAUGAUGGCUUUCUCCCUUUGUUUGGUCCUUGUUACAUUAAUUUCUAUGGCUCGACAAGAGAGUACUCCGACUUGCCUGAUGAAUACGAUGACUUGAAUCUUGGAAUUGGUGAAGGAGUUGCUUACAGAGGAAGGGUGUUAGUGGAGCUGGAAACCAAACUGGGACCGUCAUCAAAGGAGGUUGUCGAAGACCUGCAAAGUCAUGAGAUCAUCCGAGUACAGCCGUACUUACGCAGGCGUAAGUUUAAGUUGUUUGCCUGCUUCCUGGAGGCAACCAUGAUAGCAUCCACAGACGGACCAUUGGAGUUUGAAGUUAGCAUAGGAAAUUAUGGCAACAAGCUUGAUCAGUCAGUUCCUCCAUCGUCUUCCACUACUCCACCCACCAACGCUGUUUACGAUGGCUGCUACUACUAUUACCUUCCAUGGGGAGACACCAAACCUUGUGUGUGCGUGGAUAGUCACUGGGAAGAUAUUUCCUUCAGACUGGACAACUUGAAUAUCUUAACUAGAAUGUGUGAGCGAUUGGAAACGAACAUGGAGAAAGUUCAGCUUAGUCUGGAAGCAAAUGCGCCAACAGCCGAAACAGCCUCACUUUUGAUAGCUUUGUUAGAUCAGCUGAUCAAUGAUUGCAGGAGACCACUACCUAAGAUUGACAGUUCCACUCCUGGUGUCAACGAGUUAGACCUUAAGAUUCAAGACACAAGAAUUUUGGAGAAGCUGGCCAUCAUGGAGGAGGCAACCAAGCUACGUGAAAGUGCGACGGAUGUUGCUGAAGCCAUGGCAGAAAUUGAGGGUUACAUGCAGAGAUUGAAAGAUAUUUCUGUUGAGCCCCAGAACAGCAUGCCGGAUGUGGUAAUAUGGCUAAUCAGUGGUACCAAGCGAAUUGCUUCGUUCCGUAUCCCAGCUUAUGAGGUGUUGUUCUCACCUCAGUUUGAUGCCUGUGGUCAGAACUGUGGCAAGGUCCUCAAUAUGUUCAUGAAGUACCCAGGAAAGAAACAAAUGAACCUUGAAGACUUUCCAGAAGUCCCUGCCCAUGUUCGAAUGAUAGUCUGGUUGGGGCUCGAGAAACAUCAGGAGGAUUGGACCAACAGGGAACAGACAGAGGGAGACUUCUGCGUCUACGCAGAGACGUAUGAGAAUCAAAUGAAUGUGCUUGGUACUUGGACCUCCAAGGGACUUCCUCGGCCUUCUUGGUCAAACCCACGGGGAGAUUUAAGAUUGUAUAAGGAGUAUUUUGUCACUCCUCCCGGCUGGCGCUUUGAAGAGGACUGGUUCGUGAACCCAGAGCUAAGCAUGACUUAUGACCGAGACAGUGGUCACAAGAGCUUUCUAGAAGAUGUGUUUGAAAACGAGUCUCGUCUCCCUGGUGGCAGCUGGGGACCUUCCUCUGUGCCCUGGACGGAUGUGCGUGGUGAUGCUGUGACAGCCAGAGAUGAGUUAGUGUGUCCAGAAGAAUGGGAGUGGACCUCAGAUUGGACAGUCGACUUAAACCGAGCCGUGGAUGAAGAUGGUUUUGAGUACACUGUGGAAGCCACAUUUGGUGGUUAUGGACCCGUGGAGAAGACGUACCACUUGUGUCGGCGAAGGAGAUGGGUCAGAAAUAGAGUGUUAGUGACAGAUGCUAAAAUGGAACAAGAACAGAUCCGAGCUGAACAGCUCGCUAAGGAAGGGUGGGAGUAUUCACCAGUGUUCACCAUGAAGUUUCAUGCCAAGGAGCGUAAAAUGGAUCUGGUGCGGAGAAGAAGAUGGCAUAGAAAAAUGGUGCAAGAGGAUCCCAGUGCCCCCGCGGUCUUCCAUAUUGAUGUCGGCGAUGGUGAUGAUGAUAAGGAACAAGAGACGAUGAUGAAUGCGCCAAGAAUGUUCAUAACAUUUGACAAGCCGCACAAGUACCAGCUGAGGGCCUACCUUUACCAAGCGCGUGAUCUAUUGGCAUCAGAUGCCGAUGGCUUCUCAGACCCUUAUGCACGAAUUGCAUUUGGUACCCAAAGCCAAGUGACAGAAAUCCUUACACGGACAAUUUGUCCUACGUGGGAUCAAACGCUGAUAUUUGAAAAUGUUCAGAUUUAUGGCAGUAUCGACAAAGUUGCAAAUAACCCACCGGAAGUCAUCAUCGAGCUGUUUGACAAGGACCCAGUGGGUCAAGACGAGUUUAUGGGUCGAUGUGUGAUUAAACCACUGGUGAAGAUGAAUGGACAAGGGCCCCCAGCACCAAGACUGUUGUGGUAUGAUGUCACACGAUGCGGAGAGGAAGCUGGCGAGAUUCUGGCUGCCUUUGAGCUGUUUUUGGACGAAGGUGCAGAUUUACCAUUUGCUCCACCGAUGAAAGGAUCGUUGUUUCUUGUGCCUAAUGGAAUCAGACCUGUUAUGCAGCGUACAGCUAUAGAGGUACUAUGCUGGGGCGUACGGAACAUGAAGAGGUAUCAGCUGGCAAGUGUAGCUUCACCCAGCAUCGAGUUUGAGUGCGGUGGACAUGUUGUUCAUUCAACAGUCAUCAAGAACACACAGAAGAAUCCCAAUUUUGAUCAGCCAUUGUUCUUCUUCGACGUGUACCUGCCUAAGGAAGAGUUGUACACCCCACCAAUGAAUAUCAAGGUUCACGACAACCGAUCUUUCGGCCGCAAACCUGUCGUCGGGAUUCAUUCCAUGAAGUCCAUGAAGAAAUUUCGUUGUGAACCCGCCAGUAUGGAUGAACCUGCAGACCUUCCUAUAGCGGAGAGUGAGUCUGGCAGACAUGGCUCAUCUCACAUUAUGGACAUCAAGGAGGAGCAGAAGAAAGGAAGCGAACAACAAGACGAGGACAUCGAUUGGUGGUCCAAGUUUUAUGCCUCUGUGGGUGAUGUUGACAAAGCCGGUGUGUAUCUUGAAAAAGGAUUUGACAAGAUCAUGGUCUACGAUACAGAGCUGGAGAAGGUUGAAGUAUUCAACGGCUUCCAGGACUUUGUAGAAACAUUUUUCAUCCACCGAGGAAAAGUGAAGUCCAAAGCUGAAGAGGAGGAGACAAUUGUAGGGGAAUUUAAGGGAUCUUUUCGAAUUUAUCCUCUGCCAAGUGACCCGAACUCUCCUUUGCCGCCCAAGAUUCUACGGAAACUGCCGCCUAGUCAGCCAGUGGAGUGUAUCAUCAGAGUAUACGUUAUACGAGCUUUAGACCUUCAGCCUCAAGACACUAGUGGCCUGGCUGAUCCCUAUCUUGUCGUACAUCUGGGAAAGACUAAGGUCUCUGACAAGGAUAGCUAUGUACCAAACAAUCUGAACCCCUUGUUUGGAAAGAUGUUUGAACUGACCGCCACCAUUCCCAUCAUCAAGGACUUACGCAUUAGCGUCAUGGACUAUGACGUUAUCGGCCGAGACGAUCUGAUCGGUGAGACUACAGUGGAUUUGGAGAACAGAUUCUUGUCUCGUUUCCGUUCCACUUGCGGAUUGCCUCAGACGUAUUGCACGUCGGGUCCAAACCAGUGGCGUGACUCUCAGACGCCACGUCAGAUCUUAGAGUACUGGUGUGAGCUGAACAGCUUAGGUAAACCUCAGUUCCUUGGGAACACGCAGUUGGUGCUGGACGGAAAGGUUUACAACUUGCAGGAGUUCGGUGAGUUAUUCAGAAAGUUCUUGUUAUGGUAAAUGAAUUUCUCUUAGAGAGCUUUGCAAUUUAGUUUCUCAAACACAGGAACGAAUUUAACCCGUUUGACCCCU